GUGAAAAUAUCGAGGGAGCUGAGUGUGGACAGCAAAGGGGAGCUGAAAUUCGUCAUUUUUCAAGGAGAAGAUGAAUGAGAGAGGAGGAGAUGCUAAUGGAAGAGGAGCUGUAGCUGAGAAGACAAGUGAGCCGCCGCCAUCAAAAGUUGAAGCUUUGGAUGGCUCCAACUAUGAGGAAUGGAGCGGGCGGAUGAGGAGUGCCUUCAAACGCUACAAGCUCCUGAAGAUUGCUGUUGGGGAGGAGAAGAUGCCGGAGGAAGGCGAAGCACGCGAACGGUGGAUUGAGAAAAGCGCGGUGCUUUUCGACCUCAUUCUUCAAUCGGUCAACAAGGAGAUGUUCGAGCACAUCAAGGAUCUUGUGGAAGCGGAUGAUUCGGGUCCAAGGGCGUGGAAAUUACUACGUGAUGUGAUUCAGCCCAACACUCUCCCAAUGGUGAUCGUGCUCGAGAAGGAACUUGCUGCCAUCUCCAUGCGACCAGGGGAUGAUGUGAAGCCGCAAGAUCAAUGGACACCUGAGUGGCUAAGGCAGCAGAUUCUGCAGGAGGACUUCCGCAGACGCCAUAUGGGAGGCGGUGCUGCCACGAAGACUGCUGAGGGGUAUGGAGCUGCAGGGCGCGGCAAAGGAAGAGGGGGUUGGAGAGGCCGAGGCCGUGGGAGGAGCUUUGGCAGAGGUAGAGGCCGAGGUGACUAUAAUGAGGGGCAUGGAAGCUCCAGUGGCAGGGGGAGUACCAGAAUGGAGGGCACCUGCUGGUACUGCAAGAAGGUCGGGCAUCCUUGGUUCAAGUGCUUCAGCAGGCCGGAGGGAUGGUCACCUCCAGGCAUGAAGCCGCCCAGUGGUGAACGCGCACAAGGUGGCGCUGUGCAAGGUUCAGGUGCACAAGGUGAAGGUACACAAGGUAAUGCCUAUCCUGGUUUGUUUCUUAUGGUUGAGGAUGUGCAUGGGCAUGAGGGUGAUGUGGGAUCUGUCGGAAAGGUUGUGAUGCACCCUCUCACGCACUGGGUGAUUGAUUCGGGUUGCACCAGUCACAUGACCCCACGGGCAGAUUUGCUUGAUGAGGUAAAACCCCCUGGGAAGAUCAAGUAUGUGGCAGCAGCGUCAGGUGCUUUGCUCCCUGUGAUUGGCGUUGGGAAUGCCAAGGUUAAGGGAGCUAAUGGGGAGCUUGUGGGGCUUGGGAAUGUUCUGCUAGUUGAAGUCAAGAAAGUGCAGCAGCAGCAGAAACAUAGUGAGGUGCUUGCUGGUGUGGAUGCAAGUGCGGCAUGGGCUAAGGCUUCAUCAAGGAGUGGUGAGGCCGAUUGGGAGACAUGGCAUGAGAGGCUGUGUCAUGUGAACUUCCCUAUGCUGCAGAAGUUGGUAAAGGAUGGGAGCCUGAAAGGCUUGGAGGUGAAAGGGGGAGUGAAGGAGAUUGGGAGCUGCCCUACAUGCUUGGAGACCAAGUUCUCCAAGUUCCCCUUCAACAGUGCAACAGGACCAGCCAAGACCCCACUUGCACUUGUGCACAUGGAUGUGGUGGGGCCCACCAGAGCCCCUUCCCUCUCAGGCAGCCGCUAUUUCUUGACAAUUAUCGCCCUUGUGAAGAACAGGGUGCUGGCCACAGUUGGGGAUAAGGAGUGGAUUCCAUAUACUAAGUGGUAUGGGAGUGCUCCAGCUGUGAACAUGCUGAGGGCAUUUGGGUGCAUGGUGGUGUUUCAUGUGCCUAAGGAGAAAAGGGGGAAGUUGGAGGCUUCUGGAAGAUGGGGUGUGCACUUGGGGAUUGCAAAGGAUCACAAAGCGUGGCUGCUAUGGGACUUGACCACCCAGAAGUUGACAGUGUCAAGGGAUGUGAAGUUUCUUGAGUCCCUGUACUACAAGGAAUGGAAGCAGCAGCAACAGAAGCUUCCAUCUACACCGCUCAUUGUGGAGGCAGAUGAGGUGCAGCAGCCUUCAAGACAGGUGGAGGUUGCAGUGUCUGAGGAGGAGAUGUCUGGGGUGACUGAGGAAGGGGGAGCAGCUGAAGUAGAGCAGCAGCAGCAGCAGCAUGAGUCUCCACCUCGAGUUCCACACCCGCCUGAGCGUCCUAGGAGGGAUGUGCGCCCUCCAGUGAGGCUGACCUAUGGGGGAAGAGGCAAGUCGAAUGUGGUGCAGGCUGGGAGUGUGGUUGAGCAGAUUGAGGAAGAUGAGAUCGCUCACUGCUACUGGGCACCAAUCCCUGAGCCCAAGACUCGAGAAGAGGCCUUGAAUGGACCAAAUGGGGAGAAGUGGAAGGCGAGAACAACACUGAGGGUGCUGUUAGCGAUAGCUGCACUCCUGGGAUGGAAGAUACGGCAGAUGGACAUUGUGACUGCUUUUCUGAAUGGGAUCAUUAUGGAGGAGGUGUACAUGAAGCAGCCAGAGGGGCUGGAUGAUGGGAGCGGCAGGGUCUGCAGGCUGAAGAAGGCCAUUUAUGGCCUUAAGCAGGCGCCUCGUGCAUGGUAUCACAAGUUGGAGGAGGCGCUGUUGGCUGGGGGUUUCAAGAAGAGUGAGUGUGACCCCAGCCUGUUCCUGCUGCAGGAGAAGGAUGAAAUCCUCAUGCUCUUGGUGUAUGUGGAUGAUAUCCUUCUCUUUUCUGCAUCAACUGCUUUGCUGGACAGCGCAGAGCAGAUGCUGGAGAUGCAGUUCAAGUGCUCCAAGAUGGGUGAGGUGAAGUACUACCUGGGGAUGCAUGUGGAGAGAGAUGUGGAAAAGGGUGUGCUGAGGUUGCACCAGAGGAAGUACUGUGAGGGGCUGGCUGAGAAGUAUGGGCUGCAAGAUGGGGGAAAGCCAGCAACACCACUACCUUCAGGGUUUACUGUGGGGCCAUGUGCUGAUGAGGAGGUAGUGGGUAAGAGUGACAGGAAGCUGUUUCAUUCGAUGGUUGGGUCGCUGAAUUAUGCUGCAAAUCAUACACGGCUUGACAUUGCAUUUUCUACAUCACGGUUGGCUAGUGUGGUCUCACGCCCUAGUCAUGAGCAGCUGGAAGCGGCCAAGAGGUUGGUCCGCUAUGUGAGUGAUACGGCAUCAGUGGGAUUGGAGUACAGUGGAGUGAGGCAGCGGUUGCAGAGAGGUGCUGCAGAUGUGAAGAGUGGAGAGAUGCUCUUGAGUUGCUAUACUGACGCUAGCUUCAACUCAGUGAAAGCGGAUGGCACCAGCAUUGGGGGAUAUGUGUGCUUGCUAGGAGGUGGUGCUGGUGAGAGCGCGAGACAGGGGAGACAGGUCGAGCACGGGAGGGGCAGCGAGACCAGACAUGAGACGGAGGAGUCAGGUCAGGAGACAGAGGAGGGGAACGAGGGGGGAAACGGGUCGGAGACGAGUCCGGAGGAGGGAACACAGGGCCGUAGACAGGAGGAGGAGGAGGAGGAGGAGGAUGAGGAGGAGGAGGAGGAGGAGGAGGAGGAGGAGGAGGAGGAGGAGGAGGAGGAGGAGGAGGAGGAGGAGGAGGAGGAGGAGGAGGAGGAGGCACGGGCACGGGAUCAGGGGACGGAAGGCCGAACAGACGAAGAGCGGACACCGGCGGGGACUGCUGCAGCGGCGGUGUGACACUGACAGCGGGACCGCAAGCGG